GACGGAUACACUUGGAGGGUUUAAUGCACACAAUCUGCCACUGCAUGCAAUGUGAGCUCUUCUUGACUGCAGUAAAGAAUGAAGAGUUGUGCUAUUGCUGGAGGAUUGUUGCUACUCGCUGUGCUACUACAAGCCAGAGCAUGUCCAGUACUUAGAAGAGAUGUUAAUUGUAAAGACAACUAUGACUUUGCCCUCUCCCCCACCCCCGUCCUGUUAGCUAGUCAUCCGGAGAGUGUGUCAGCAUCGCAUGGAUCCACUGUCUCCUUCAAUUGUUCCAUUGCCACUGUCCCUAUUGUCAUGAAUGGUGUAUUGCACGCCUUCCCUAUCUUAUGGCGCCUCAAUGGCAGCUCUGGUGAUUACCCCACUCACUGGACUAUAGUGGAGGAGCCUAGUGCAAGCACCCUCACUGUGCACAACAUCUCACACAGUGAUGAUGGCUACUAUGAGUGCAUGGCGGGAGAUGGGCUCAAUAGCAUUGGACAGUACACUAGCAUCACUGUGAGCAAGAGAGCCUGGCUCAACACACCAGGCUACGGUAAUGGAGGUGUGGCCCCAGUGCUUGGGUUGGAGCACAGAGACAUACAUCGACUGGAGGGUCUGGAUCAAACACACUUCAUAGAAGAGUGCCGAGUUACUGGGCCCAACCAAACCCUCUAUUGGUACAAGGAUGGUGUUGAUAUCACUCAGUACUAUAAUAUCAACACUGGAAUACUCAACUAUAAUCUGACUAUUGACUUCAACCUACACGGUGUGUAUCAGUGCUUUGUGGAGAAUGAGGCAGGCAGUGACUACGUUAACUUCAGAGCACUGCCCAGAUACUUUGCUGACCCACCUAGUAACUUCAGUUGUGUAGCUGUGGACAGAGAGGACAACUACCUGUUACCAAGCCUACUAGUGUCCUGGGAUGCCCCUCUUCUCAUCUCUGGAGGUCUCAAAGACGAUCACAAAUACUUUGUUAGAGUACAAAACGAUUGUUACAAUGUUGGGAGCUCUACAUGUGCUGUGAUAGAGCUCAAACAAGAUGAUGAUGUGCUAUGCUCUGUAUUCCUAGACCUGGACCCUCUUAAUGAUGUCAUUGCAGGAGGUGUGGCAACAGUGAAUGGUAUCAGCACUGCUGAGCAGAGAAGAACUUCUAACCCUGUUCUUGAACUAAGAGUCAACUGCUCCUCUAGUAAUGUGACAGUGUAUCUACCAUCUCCUGAGUUACCUUUCUUUGUGUGUGUAAAGAGAAUUCACUUGUGGGCCCUUUGCCUCCACCAAGGAUCCACAUACAGGACUUCUCUCGAUAUUAAUCGGCGUUUUGUGUGUGAUGGGAAUCCAUUCACUCUGGACAUAGCACCACAACCAUUGGGCUCUGUGUGUCUGUUUGGAGGCAACUACAGGAAUGACAUUGGUCAAUCUGUCACUGUAUCAUCAUCAUCCUGUUCAUUACCACCUGCACCACUGGAGGGAGAGCUGCUGUCCCUGUCCUGCUCUAGGAAUGAGACCAGCUUCACAUGGCAUGGCAACCACUCAGUUAAUGUGUCUGGCACUUGCUACACUCCACAGUUAGACCAACACUUAGACCCUAUACAGUUGACCCUGGACUCCAUGACAGUGUUUCCUGGGUACCAGCUCACCAACAACAGUGAGCUGCUACCACUGGAGAGUGUGUGCAUGUACACCACCUCCAACAAUAUCUCUGCUCAGUGCAUUGUAAUGAGUAUGGUCGAGGAAGAACCCUCCACUACUAGCACACCCUCCACUAACAUCACCUCCACUAACAUCACUUCUCCAGGUUAUGUACUACCAGUGUACACGUGGGUCAUCCUGUUCCUCGUUAUUCCUAUUAUCAUCCUGGUUGCUGUGGUGAUGGUCGUUAUAUGUAUUAUUUCCUGGUAUCCACGUUAUCAACAGAGAAAAGAAAAGAGUCAGAUGCACUUUCUGGCCAGUGUUGUGGAGCAUCAACUGGACAACCCUGCGUACCCUCCAGUGGACCCAUUCUCUAGUGUCUUGCACGGGAGCUCUCUCUCACUACACACACAAGUUGACUCUCUGUGGGAGGAAACUAAACACGAACAUGAUAGGCCAACUUCCCUCAUGGAUAAGUUCCUCGGUGAAUCACCACCUCAUCUACUCAUACAAGAGUACCUCAACUCCAUCAGUUCCAGUGGCUAUGCUACAGCACAUACGGAGGAUGAUGAAACAGAGUACUACAAGCAAAGAUUACAAGAUGUAUCAGAAACCUCUCAGGACAAAACUAGAUUUGUACGAGAUUAUUUUGAACCUGAUCUUGAAGGCUAUGUGCACAUGAUACCCUAUAGUGUUAGGUAAUGUUUCUGCUGGCUUUUUGUGUUUCAAUCAUGUUGACAUUGUAAUCUGA